AUGCUCUCCAACACUUUUCUCGCGCUCUCUCUUCUCCCCCUCACUCUCGCUCACUUCAACCUCAACUUCCCUCCAACGCGCGGCUUCGACGAGGACAAGGAGGGUAAUUUCCCCUGCGGAGGUUACGACCAGGUCUCAGAUAAACGCACCGAUUUCCCUAUCAGCGGUGGCCCUAUCCAAUUGGUUCUAGGCCACCCACAGACAAAUGUCGCCGUUUACAUGGCGAUUGGCGACAACCCUGGAAGCGGAUUCAGUGUCGUUCUGAAGCAACAGCUUAUGGUCGAGGGUCUGGGUAACUUUUGCCUGGGCUCGGUUAGCAUUCCAAAAGACCUAAACGUGACUGCUGGCACAAAGGCAUCUAUCCAAGUCGUUACCAACGCGCACAGCUCUGGCGGUCUGUUCCAGUGCGCCGAUGUUACUCUUGUCGACAAGCAGCUCUCCCAGUCAGAAUUUCAAGACAACUGCAAGAACAACACAGGAAUAAAGGUGGCUCAAGAGAAUAUCUCUGGUAACCCCAACUCUACGGCUACGGGUACGGGUGGCUCAGACGACGAUGAUGAUGACAAGCCCACAGCGUCUGGUAGCGGUAGCAGUAGUGCAGCGAAGCCCACAGCGGCUAGCGCAGCGACACAUGCCCAAGCCAUUUCAUGGGUGUUGGGUGCUGUCGGUCUUGCUGGAAUUGCUAUGCUUUGA